GAGAAAUAUUUUGUCAUGUGUUGCAAGGUUGUUCACCCCAAAUCAGACGAUCAGAGGAAUCGCUUACAAACAGCAGUAAAACACAUUCUCAUCUUCAGAGCAUUAGAUGAGCAACAAAUGCAAGAUGUAUUGGAUGCCAUGUUUGAACGAAAAACUUCACCUGGUGACCACGUAAUAGACCAAGGCGAUGAUGGCGACAACUUCUAUGUUAUAGAUGAGGGUCAAUUUGACAUAUUUGUGAAUGACAACAAAGUUGGAAGUUAUGAUAAUAAAGGCAGUUUUGGUGAGCUAGCCUUGAUGUACAACACACCUAGGGCAGCAACCAUUGUGGCUACAUCAGAUGGAACGAUAUGGGCAUUAGAUAGAACUUCAUUCAGAAGAAUUGUGCUGAAAAAUGCUGCUAAGAAGCGCAAAAUGUAUGAAGCAUUACUGGAAAAUGUCCCAAUGCUUAAAUCUCUUGAAAGUUAUGAGAGGAUGAAUCUAGCUGAUGCUCUCGUUACAAAACAGUACUCAGAUGGAGACUGUAUUAUUAAGCAGGUAAGACUAAAUGAAUUAAUGAAUAAAUUAAAAUACUUAUUAAUUGGUUGCUAAUUAUCAAUGACUUGUUUUCAUUAGGAUGAUCCUACACAAGAACAAGAGAUAGCAGUAUAUCAGAAGGGACAGUAUUUUGGAGAAUUAGCUUUGGUGACUAAUAAACCUCGGGCAGCAUCAAUCUAUGCAGUGGGAACUGUUAAAUGUGCAU